AAGUCAACGCUGACCGUUGCGGAGAGGGAUGCCGAGAUUCAACGAAAGCUCGCCGGUAUCUCUGGGGAUGGUGGUGCGUCGGGCGUGGAGUACGAGGAUGGAAAGCCAGCUGCGAUGAAACGGAGCGUGAAGAACAACAUGUUCCGCUUGAUUUGA